AUGGGUAUUUUCAGCUUUCUUGGUCUGACACGCAACGAUGAAGUGGAGAAUGCGUCGAAAACUAACCUUAUACUCAUUGGUCCACCUGGUUGUGGGAAGGGAACUCAAGCGUCCCGUCUGAUGAAAAAAUAUGAGGUGUGUCAUUUAUCGACCGGUGACAUGCUCAGAGCCACUACAUCGUCGGGUUCGGAACUUGGGGACAAGAUCAAGAAAAUUAUGGAAGCGGGUCAAUUAGUGUCUGAUGAUAUUGUGUGUGAGUUGAUAGAUAAGAAGUUGGAUAGUCCUGAGUGUCGGAAAGGUUUCAUUCUUGACGGAUUUCCUCGGACGAUUCCUCAAGCCGAAAAGCUUGACGAGUUAUUGCAUCGGCGAAAAGAAGAUCUUACGGCCGUUGUGGAGCUUAGAGUUGCUGACGAAUUGCUCAUAACUCGGAUUUGUGGUAGACUCUUUCAUUUGGCCAGUGGACGAUCAUAUCAUGAGACCUUCAACCCUCCGAAAGUCCCAAUGAUCGAUGAUAUAACUGGUGAGAGGCUUGUUCGGCGAAGUGAUGAUACCAAAGAGGCUCUUCAGAAACGCCUUGAGAGUUACCACAACAUGACGUCUCAAUUGCUGGAAUUUUAUAAGAAAAAAAAUUUACUUCUCACUUUUGACGGCUCUCAAAGCAUGGAUAAAGUUUUCACUGACAUUAUAAACGAGGAAUCAUAUCCUGAUCUUUAUUCUGACUGCUUGAAAGAGGCGCUGAUCAAUUUAAUCUCACGUGUAUUUGUGCGUAUCACCGAUACCUGA